GAAAGCAAAGAAUAGCUUGGCGUCUGUAAUCAUGAUUCUGGUAUUCAUCUUCAGUAUUUUAGUUGCAGCAACUAAAGGGUUCGAUGCUGAUGCUAUUGUUCAAGCUGCAUGCGCUGCAAGUGCAACCAAUAGUCAUUUUGUAUCUGCUAUUCGGAAACCAUGUGGCACAGGACCAUCAUGUAACACCAUUUGUCAAAAUGCUAUCAGCAGUAUGAGAGCUAUCUAUGGAAAUCAAGGAUCAGCCACGGGGAGCUGUUUUCAAACAUUUCAUUUUUACUACAAGUACUCUCCCUUAACCCCGGAACAAACAGGAUCAGCGCAGUUUGCGAUGUACAGAUAUGGAAAUGGCUGUGGUUCGACAGGAUGUGGUCCAAACUUCUGUUGCUGUCAGGCGUAAAUGGCUUUGUAAACAAUAUUAUUAUGUUUUAUUUUAUUUCUACAUGUUCCUAUUGCUGAAUAAAUCAAAUAUCUUAACGUG